GUGCAGUCUGGGGCGCAGUCUGGGGCAGCAGACACCCAGCCGCUCCGAGCUGAACUGGCAGCAUGAAGGUUCUCCUGACCCUGCCGCUGCUGCUUCUCUGCACGCCUCCCUGUGCCCCCCAGAUCUCCGGAAUCCGGGGAGACGCUCUGGAGAAGCCUUGCCUUCCGCAGCCCCUGGACUGUGAUGACGUCUACGCGCAAGGGUACCAGGUGGACGGUGUGUACCUCAUCUACCCCUCGGGCCCCAGCGUGCCCGUGCCGGUCUUCUGUGACAUGACCACUGCGGGCGGAAAGUGGACGGUUUUCCAGAAGAGAUUCAAUGGCUCAGUGAGUUUCUUCCGGGGCUGGAACGACUACAAGCUGGGCUUCGGCCGUGCCGACGGGGAGUACUGGCUGGGGCUGCAGAACCUGCACCUCCUGACGCUGAAGCAGAAGUACGAGCUGCGAGUGGACCUGGAGGACUUUGAGAACAACACGGCCUCCGCCAAGUACGCCGAAUUCUCUAUCUCGCCCAACGCGGUCAGUGCCGAGGAGGAUGGCUACACCCUUUACGUGGCAGGCUUCGAGGACGGCGGGGCAGGCGACUCCCUGUCCUACCACAGCGGCCAGAAGUUCUCCACCUUCGACCGGGACCAGGACCUCUUUGUGCAGAACUGCGCGGCCCUCUCCUCGGGAGCCUUCUGGUUCCGCAGCUGCCACUUUGCCAACCUCAACGGCUUCUACCUGGGUGGCUCCCACCUCUCCUAUGCUAAUGGCAUCAACUGGGCCCAGUGGAAGGGCUUCUACUACUCCCUCAAGCGCACCGAGAUGAAAAUCCGCCGGGCCUGAGGGGCUGGCCCCCAUCAGGCCCUGAGCCUCCCCUGGCUGCUCCUGGUCUCCACAAGGGCCCCCUCUGCACCCCACCCCACCCCUGCCCGCUGCUCUCUUAGCACCUGCUUCCCAUGGUGGGGGCCUUGUGGUUCUAGCCCCAGCGGGUCCUGUCACACCCAGGGUGUCCAUCUCAAAGCCAGGCCUUCCGCACCUCACCUAUAGCUAUGGGGCCAGCAGCUCUCCUGGGGCCCCUCGGAAAGGCACGGCAUUCCCCCCUGGACCCGACCGGGCUCCACAAGACUCUAGCUUGCCUCUGCCCUCCCCCAAAGGUGGAGAGCUGGGAGCUAUACUCCAAAGCUAUGGCUUUUGUGUACCACCUUGGUGAGCUUCCUUGCUGUGGACUCCUCCAACUGGGGCCCCCCCAGUAUGCUAGACUGAGCUGGCGUCGUGGAUGCCAGGCCACCCAUGCGUGGCCAUCGCUGCCACACCCCAGCAUGCCCCCCACUGUCCUCAGAGCAUCUCCCCACCCUUGGCCUCCCUCCCACAACUCAUUCCCUAGUGGGGAGCACCAUGGACCCCCCACCCCCAUCUUAUGGCCCUACUCUGCUGCUCCCACCCACCUGUCCCAGCCCCCCAAAGCUCAAUGCUAAAACUGUAUGUCACCACAGCUACUGCACGCCACUCUAAAACAGCUACAGUCAAGGUAGGCAUAGAUACCAGGUCCCCCCACCAGGACCUAGAGUUGAGGUCUGACCAUGGUGGGGGGGUAGGGGGUGGGCAGAGGACAAUCUCUGAGGGGCUGUAAGCAGGUGGGGAGUGAAGAUCUCAAUAAAGCUCAGGAUCUGAAUGAA